UAGUUUUGGUUAUAUCCAUGUUAUUGUUAAAGCGAGCACUGGCAGCGAUUUUCCACUGCAUUCGUUCGAUGUUUUAAAAAAAAAACACGCGCGUUGCGCGUCGUACGGAACAUAUUCAAAAGUUGUUUGCUCUGUGCAUGUUUGCGUGCGUGUGUGUGUGUGUGCGUGUUCGUGUUCGUGUGUAUGUUUGUAUGUAUGUGCUUGCUUUAUUAAACAUUAACAUUGCGAAAAAUCAAUACACAAGUCCCUCAGUGCUUGUGUGCUGUGCACCGCGUGCGGCAUUUGUGCAAAAAUUGUGUUAAACAAAAAGGAUAUCCCAAGGAUAACGCCAGCAAAAGGCGCUUGGCGGUAGGGGCCAAGCAACACGCGCCCAACGCAUCCAAAACGAGAUAAUCAAGCACGCAUCGAGCUUCCCUUAGAGCUUCCAUUUUCGCUGGAGUUGGUCAGCGAUUGUAAAUUGAAGGCGUGUUGGGCGCAACAACAACAACAACAACAACAACAACAAUUAGACCACCACCACCAACAACGAGUACAAGAACAAAAGCCACAGCAAUAACAAGAAGAGCAGCAGCACAAUGUCCGCCGCCACACAGGAGUUUUGCGUGCGCUGGAACAGCCAUUUGGGCAGCAUUGGCGCCGCCUUCCCACAGCUCUUGGCCGGACAGAGAUUCGUAGAUGUGACGCUGGCCUGUGAGGGCCAUCAGGUGCACUGCCAUCGUCUGGUGCUGGCCGCUUGCUCCACAUACUUUGAGGCCAUACUUGCCGAGAAUCCGUGCAAGCAUCCGGUCAUCAUACUGCCCAGCGAGAUCAAGCUGUGGGAGAUUCAGGCCCUGGUCGACUUCAUGUACAAGGGCGAGGUGAAUGUGACGCAGGCUGGCCUGGGCCAACUGUUGCGCUGUGCCGAGCAAUUGCGUAUACGCGGCCUGUACGGCUCCGAGGCGGCCAUCAACUACAAGCAGCUGCAACAGAUGCGUCAGGAUGCGGCAUCGCAAGAUUCGGCAGCUUCGGUCAAACAGGAGCAACAGCAACAACACCAGCAGCAGCAGCAACACCAACAACAGCAACAGCACUUGGACAGCACUGAGACGGAUGAUACGGCCACCAACUCAACGACAUCGACAACAACAACAAGCACAACGGCGCUGUCUGCUAAGCAACAGCAGCAGCAGCAGCAGCAACAAUUGCUACUGCAACAGCAGCAACAACUGCAGCAGAAGGAGCAUCGUCAGCGCCAGCAGACGAACGGCAACAAUGCGUUGCAAUUGCAGCUGCUGCAACAGCAGCAGCAACAACAGCAGCAACAACAACAGCAGCAGCAGCAGCAACAACUAAAUGCUGGCUCUUCAGCGGCUGCAUCGAAUAAUUCGAAUGCACCGACCGAAGAUGAUUCAGCGGAUGAUGCGAGCAACAAUUGGAAUGUCUAUAGCGAGCACUACGAAGACUUUGCCGCGGCUGGCAACAAUAAACUGAAUGUACAGCUGCUGCAGCAGCAACAGCAACAGCAGCAGCAACAGCAGCAUCAGCAGCAUUUACAAAUGCAACACCAUUUGGACUCGACCAUCGAGGACGAUCACAACUAUGUGGCUGCGCAUGAUGAGGAUAACGAUAGCAGCGGUUUUGCCGGCAAUGUGGGCAGCACCAGCGGCAUGGCCAGCAAUGUGGCUGGGCUGUCGCUCAGCAUGGACGCCGAUUUGGAUACGUCGGCCAAUACAUCGGGCUCGUCGCUGAUGCACAGCUCCAUCGAUGGCUAUACAUCGUAUAAGCGAGUGAGACGCUCGGAGGCUUCGUUAGCGCAGGCCGCCAAAUGCGUGUCCAAGGGCGAAACCUUUCAGACCGUGAGCAACAUGUUCAACAUACCCGUAUCCACCAUACGCUUCUAUAUGGCCCGCAAGGGCAUAUUGCCGAAGCGUAAGCGUGGCCGUGGCGCCUCACAUGCCGGCAGCACCAUCACAACAACAACGAGCUCGGGCAACUCAGCUGCUGCAGCAGCGGCGGCAGCAGCUGCAGCUGCCACCAUGGCGGCGGCAACGACAUUGGGCAGCCUGUCGACAGCCGGUGCGCAUCAUUUGCCCCACCAUUUGCCACUGGAUGCCAUACAGUUGAAGCGGCUGACAAAUGCUAGCGGUGGCAUCGCCACCAGCCCCUCAACAACAGCGACAACGGCAACGGCGGCAACAGCAACAGCAGCGGCGGCUGCAAUGGCAGCGGCAGCAGCAGCUGCCACGUCAGCACCGACCACGCCCCGACUGGAGGUGGCAACGGCGGCCGGUGUACCCUUUCACCUGCUCAGCGAUGCGGCGGCCUUCAAGCUGAGCGAACAGCAGCAGCAGGCGCAUAUAAUCUAACCAUGAGGUUGGCUUCGCUUGCAUUUACUCCAUAUGUGAAACGUGAGAGUGAGCCGAGCUCUGUUGGACAAUCGAAAGCUAUUGCGGAAUAGGCCCGAGAUGCAACUACUCAUUGGCUAAGAUAACACACACACAAACACACACACAUGCAUACACACCUGCAUACAACUACACACACACACACACACACUCAUGCGUAGUCGCUUUAAAAGCAAUUCUCCCCCUCUCAAUACAACUGUUCCUCAAAUAACAAAAAAAAAAAAGAAGAAGAAAUGCUGACAUUCAACAAUGAGCUGCUACAGUUGAGACACAGAUCUAUCUAUAUACAUAU